AUGUCUCCUCCAGCCAACAACGACGUCUUCUGCUGUUCCGCAGCAAAGAUACGCAUAACAACCGCCAGCCCUGACCACAAACUCCUCGAUUUCGUCAUCUCCACUCUAGAAGGCAAGCUCCCCUGCCGUGCCAAGGUCCCCGUUUACAUGGAAGACGAAGAUAUCGGUGACUACGUCUUUUCCGUCAUCACCUUAGAAUCCGACAUCCCGUAUGUCACCACAGAGCUCUUCAGCAACUUCCAUGUCACGGGCCCUGAAUCCGAUCCGUCGAUUCUGCUAGUCACAAUUUCCAAGACAAUGUUGAGAGAGGAAUUUGAUGUGGAUGUGGAGAGUGAGGUUCGUCUGGCAUGUGAAGAGCAUCCGCAUGAUUUCUUCCGGGUGGGCCUUCUCAAGCGGAAGGCUGAUAGCUCCAGUGAGACCUCUGAUGAGGAGUCUGUUCUGAGUCAGAUGUUGAGUUCUAACGCCAUGGCGGAGCAUGAUCGAACGUUGGACCCGCGUUACGCAACUGGUUUGGGAGGUAGUUCCGACCCGGGUCAUGAAUCUGGAUCUGAAUCGGAUCGGAUGUCUGAUACAGAUCAUGGUCCAAUAACAAAGUCUGACGGAGAACUUGAUAGAGGACGAAAGCUCAGCGGAGAGUGGUUCUAG